AUGAGCAAAAUUGACCAAAAUCAACGCGUAAAACGAGCUUACUCUUUAACUGCUCAACUUAAAAAUAUUGGACCAACAAGUAACGCAAAAACUAAAUUUAUUCUUGAAUCAACACCCUUCGAUAACGAAGAUGAAUCACCAUCAUCAGGAGAUUUGACUAUUGUUGGUCGACUAUUGCCGAAUUCUGAUAUUUACAAACAAGGCUCUAUUCGAAUUCACAUUAUAUUAGGACAAGAAUUUCCAUUUAAAGCACCAAAAGUAUUUGUAAGACAACCAAUAUAUCAUCCUAAUAUUGAGAGAGAUGGUAAAGUAUGUACUAAUCUCUUGGUUAAUUCAGAGGCUUGGACACCAACAACAACUUUAGUCCAGAUUAUUGAAGAAGUAACCAACAUAAUUGAUAAUCCUUGCACGGAUCAAAUUCAACAUACUGAAGCGGCUAGUUUAUAUAAUACUAAUAAAACGGAAUAUAAUCGUAUUGCAUCAGAAAUGUUUAAACAACAUGGUUUACCACGAAAUUGA